AUGGCAGUCUACUCCACCUGGAGGCUAAAAGGUGCAAUCGAUCAGAUGCCGCGUGGGAAAAUCGAGGAGAUGUUGAAAGGUGAAGAGGUGGUUCGCUUAGAAGCAGAAGGACUCCUUACAAAACCGUGUCAAGAGAUAGGAACUGUCAAAGUCUCGAAGGCUUAUGUCGAGGCGAGGCCACAGCACAAGAAAGACAUCUGCGAGGUUAUCAAUGGAGCAGUUGUGUGCAGACCAAUACCAACCGUUUUCCACGACGGUGACUGGCUCGAGGAGACCUUGAAGAAAUAUCUAUGGCAACAGAAGCAUCAAAAGCAGGACGUGAUUAGAAAUGAUGUUGUGCAAUGUUUGCUAAGCAAAAUUAAACAGCAGAACUUUCUAUUGACAGGUCAGUCG